AUGGUAAAAAAUUCGCUCAUUUCGGUUAUUUCACAAAAAGAAGAAAAUAGAGGAUGUGUUGAAUUUCAAGUGUUCAGUUUUACCAAUAAGAUACGGAUACUUACUUCACAUUUGGAAUUGCACAAAAAAGACUAUUUAUCUCAGAGAGGUUUGCGGAAAAUUCUGGGAAAACGCCAACGCCUCCUAAGUUAUUUGUCAAAAAAAAAUAGAGUACGCUAUAAAGAAUUAAUUGGUCAAUUGAAUAUUCGAGAUACAAAAAAUCAUUAA